UUGUCUGAAAAAUGGGUAGUUGUUGUGCUCUGAAGUGCCGGAACAGAGCUUCCAGGGGAAUUCGCUUGUUCAAGCUGCCGAAAUCCCCGAGGAGACGUAAACUGUGGCUUUUAAGAAUCAAGCGUGGUGCGGGGUGGAAACCUCUCGACAGGACAUCCCUUGACCACUUCGAGCCCUCCCAGUUCCAGACGAGGUGCUCUGACGGCUGGAGGAGACUGAAAGCCACAGCUGUUCCAAGCUUGUUUUUACAUUCUGAAAGUCAAGAGAUGUAUGCUGGGGCCAGGAGGUGAGGAGGCAUAAUCAAGAUCCAGCC